UAGUGGUUAGUUCCACCUACUAUUAGCUUAGUAAGCUUUCCCAAUUUAUGUAGGCUCUCACUCACUCUACAAACUAUCUCUAUUCGGCUGUUUACUUUGUUUUUUUAUUUUUCUAAAACAUAAACCCUAGGGGAGAGAAAAGAAGUCCUGUCCCGAAACCCUAACGAUUGAGAUUAUACUGAUUCAUGCAUUCAACAUGAAGCGGAAGGAUCUUGACGAUACGUCAUUGUACAAUGAUUUCAUAGAUAUUUCCCUCUCUUCUUGCUACUCAAAACUCAGAAGAUUGACUGGGCAAUUCAAGGAUGGCAACUUAUAUAUGAAUGUAGGAGAGGAAGAAAAUGCUAGGGCUUCUAUGUUAUAUGAUCAAGGGUUGGUUUCAACAGAACAAGCCUCCACAAGCUCUAGAAUGGUAGAAGAAGAAACUCCGGUUGUGGACGACAGGGCAAUUGUCCUCUAUAAACCUGCGAACACGCCGUUAAUUAAAUCUCCCAGUUCUUCGGAUUUUUUGUUUGUUCUGAAUUCCGAAUUGGUACCUGGCUUAAAGAAUCUGGUCUUUCUGCCUGGCAAGUUGAACCCAGCAACGAGAAAAGAGGAAGAAGCAGCUACUGGCACUGCAGAAAAAAAAGAUAUAAUAAAAGACUACUUGGCUGUUGUUCCCUGGGUUGCAAGUCAGUUUCCACCAUCCUCUGGAUUUGAGGAACCAGUUAUAGCUCAAGCAGGGCCAACAGAAGCUGAAGAGGAAGUCGAUAUGAUGGAAGAAGACACCAUUGUUGCUGAUAGUGGCAGGCAAGCGUUCGGCUUUGGUGGAUUGAUGGGGGGAGGUGAAUGGUUGAAUCUCUGGCAGCAACAGCAACAGCAGCAACAUUUUUUGCUGCCACAGCUCCUUCGAAAUGCAUCAUCUACUUCUGUCACUUGGCCACAGAUUGGUAAAAAUUGAGCUUGUUUUCGCAGUGAUAAAUUAAAUUAUACGUUUCAUCCUAUUUCUUGGGUGAUAAACUUGCUUGGUUGGACUUUACCUGUUUAGUUAGUGUACAUAUUGGAGGGCGGCUUCUGUACAAGGAUGUUUUUGUUCAUAUGAGCUUCCAUUUUUUCUCA